AUGUCCAAGCAAGAAAUCACAUACCUCGAAGAUAAGGAGGUCCCCACCCACUUAGAAGAUAAGGAGUUGGAUCUCGAGAAUGGUGAACUUAAGGGUUCAGACGAAGUUCUGGAUUCCGGUGAAGCAGUCAAGUAUUAUGAUUUGCCUGAAUCUUUACAGGGAUUGACUCAAGAGGAACUCAAAAGCCUUGAUGUCCGUACCACCAGAAAAGUGGACUUGAGAUUAAUGCCCAUGCUUAUUUACAUUUACAUCCUCAACUACUUGGAUCGUAACAACAUCGCUUCUGCGAGAUUAGGUGGUUUGGAAAAGGACUUAAAUUUGGUUGGCAGCCAAUACCAAACUGCUAUUUCUAUUUUAUUCGUUGGUUAUAUUUUGUUUCAAAUUCCCUCCAAUAUGUUGCUCAACAAGCUUGGAAAACCUUCCUUGUAUAUCUCCAUCUUGAUGACGGUUUGGGGUCUUAUUUCCCUCUGCACUGGUUUUGUGAAGAGUUAUGGUGGUUUGGUUGCUAUCAGAGCAUUGUUGGGUAUAGUUGAGUCUGGUUUCUUCUCUGCUGCUUUAGCAACUUUGUCGAACUGGUACGACAGAAAGUCACUUUCCUUGCGUAACUCCAUCUUAUACUCUGGUAGUUUGAUGAGUAGUGCUUGGAGUGGCUUAAUUGCUGCUGGUAUCUUGAACAACAUGGACGGAUUAGGAGGAGUCAGAUCAUGGAGAUAUUUAUUUUACAUUGAAGGAGGUAUUACAGUGUUGUCUGUUCCUUUUGCUUACUGGAUCUUACCAGAUAAUCCAUCCAAUACCAGCUUCUUGAGCCAACAGGAAAAGGAUAUCAUCCAAUGGAAAUUGCAGCAAGAUGUUGGAACUAAGGAUUCGGAUGAGGAAGCACAAGAAUCCACUGUCUCUGGUCUUCUCCUCGCUCUUAAAGACACCAAGGUGUGGUUAGUUACUGGUAUAAUGACCUUCCUUGUUGCUGCUUGUGGUGUAACAAACUUUUUCCCCUCAGUCGUUCAAACUUUGAACUUCAACAGAACCACCACCCUCUGUUUGACAGCUCCACCCUACUGUUUAGCAGUUGUUGUCACUUUCCUUUGGGCAAGACAUGCUGAUAAAACCGGAGAACGUUUCUACCACGUUUGUUUGCCAUUAUGCAUCUCACUCGUGUCAUUCAUCAUUUCAGCAUCUACAUUAAACACAGCUGCGCGGUAUUUCGCAAUGUGUAUAAUGAUCCCAUCAUUAUACUCUUCUUUCACAGUCAUUUUAGCAUGGACUUCAAAUUGUUGUCCAAGACCACCUGCAAAGAGAGCAGUUGCAAUCGCGAUGAUGAAUUGUGUCUCCAACUCCACUUCGAUCUGGAAUGCAUACUUGUACCCUUCAAGCUCUGCGCCCCGUUACUUGACUGCUUUUGUUUGCAACUGUGUCUUUAUCUUACUUGCUAUUGUUAUGGCAGUACUCUUAAGAUUAAGAAUUAUGGCUUUGAACAGAAGAAUCGUUGCUGGUACCAUGAAUUGGACCAGGGAGCUUGGAAAGGGUAACGACGGUUCCAAGAUCUCCCCUGAUUUUAGAUUCCUCUACUAA